GCACCAUGACACUGGCAGCUAGCCUAGCAGGCUAACUUGGCUAAUGUGAUUUAUCGCCACAGUUAAGCACACGCAACAUAAGCCAGGACUAUCAAAUUCAGUUUUCUAUCUAUUGUUAAGUACUGUUCAUACACCUGACCUCUAAUUUUACUCAAUAUCCAAAUGGCAUCGCUUGGAGAGCCCGUGCGAUUGGAGAGAGAUAUCAACCGUGCCAUUGAACUGCUCGAUAAGCUCCAGAGGACAGGGGAGGUUCCACCCCAGAAGCUGCAGGCUCUGCAGAGGGUCUUACAGAGUGAAUUCUGUAACGCUGUCAGAGAAGUUUAUGAACAUGUGUAUGAAACGGUGGACAUCAACAGCAGUCCUGAGGUCAGAGCCAAUGCCACAGCUAAGGCAACUGUGGCUGCUUUUGCAGCAAGUGAGGGACACUCACAUCCACGUGUUGUGGAACUGCCCAAGACAGAAGAAGGGCUGGGAUUCAACAUAAUGGGUGGCAAAGAGCAGAACUCUCCCAUUUACAUCUCACGAAUCAUCCCAGCAGGCAUCGCUGACCGCCACGGCGGCCUGAAGAGAGGCGACCAGCUCCUGUCUGUUAAUGGGGUGAGUGUUGAAGGUGAGCAUCAUGAGAAGGCUGUGGAACUCCUAAAAGCGGCUCAGGGCACGGUGAAGCUGGUCGUGCGGUACACCCCUAAAGUCCUGGAGGAAAUGGAGUCACGCUUUGAGAAAAUGAGGUCGGCGAAGCGCCGGCAACAGAACAACUAUCCCAAGUAGAAAUGUCCCAUGUCGAUACUCAUCCCCUCUAGUUGUCAACGCUGGUCUCUGUUUUCUAACCCCCCACCCCCGCCUCACAACACCACAGCUGUACGUGUAAGUUGUUGUUUCCACAUUGAUAUUCUAGACAUUAUGCCUGCACAGGUCGCAGGCUGUUUUAUAAUCACUGUUAUUACCAAACUAGACACUAUGACUGGAUAAACACUAGACUAAUGAUGAUCAUUAUCGGCGUGGUUGGUCUCCUUCACACGUGUGCAUUAUUUUCAGGUGACCGAUUGAAUGCAAACCUAAACACAUUUGAAACCACCUUCAGAGGCCCUGUGACUGGAAAUGUAGUAUUUUUACUUUCUGUUAUCAUGUUCACUGACAAGUGCCUCAGGGCAAACUGAUGUCACUCUGUUUUAUUUCAGUUUUAAUCGCACAUACUGAACACUAAAUGAGUUUGGGGAUAUUUAGAUAUUCAUCAAAUUCUGUCUAAGUUUGUCUUCUCUGUCUGUGUCAAAUCCAAAACAGCAGCUUUUAUCCAUAACAUCUGGGUUAAAUGUUGGAUACGGUCCCUUCACAUAGCAAAGAGAAUGUGGUGCUACAGGUGAUGUCACAGGGUCUCGGCUAAUCCUCAGCUAAAUUUCUGCCAUCACACACGUUAACAUGUUUACAUUUAGGGUACUAUACUUUAUGACAAACAUGGGCAAUGUCUGGCACAAGAAUUAACAUUUCUAAUUUUCAGACAUAUCAGGAGUUGCCCUGAAUUCAAUUUUUCCCACAUCAGGGAUGUGAGGUGCAUUUUUGCAUAAUAAUUAAUAAACAAGCAGAACAGUACGCAAAUGAAACAGUGUCUUCACGUCACAGUUACACCUGAUGCAAAGACGCAGCAUUUGUUCGUACGUUACACCUCGUUGAGGGCAUUUCGUCGUAAAUUGUUUUUUUUUUUUGCUCCAUUUCUGAGACUUAAAGGACGUCUUUGGUACUUUUUGUAAUUUUAUACACAGGAAACCAUCAUGGUCUUCAAUGGGAAAUUAUUUUGCCCACAUCACAAGGCGUUAGUCAGAAUUGGCACAUGAGGACAAAACAAAAGCCAUAGGGUUUACUAACCUAGUGUAGAGUUUCUCCACUUUUUUCUAGACUAAUAUCCCGUAUACUAUUACAAUCCUGGAAUGCUUUUGGGGUUUUUUUCUGUAAGAAUAAAAAGACCUGUUAACUAUUGUCAUUUCUGAGCUGUUUCAGAUAAUGAAAUUGAAUCUCUUUUGUCGCACAGUCGCGUCGUUACACGGCACUGUCUUUCAACUCACCGACCACCUUGAGUCUGAUGCCUGCUGGGAAGUCGACCACUGUUGUAGUGAAGCAAUAAGUUCUAACAUUUAUAGACCUAGGUGUCGCCACAGAUUCUCCCUGAUUUGACACUUACACCUAUUAUAUCACUAUAUCAUCACUGCAACUUGCAUAUAAGUCAGAUUAAAAACAUAACAACGUCUGAUUGGUUAAUGCUGCGAAGGCACUGGCAGCGUUGUCUUUCGGCAUGUACUAACAUUUCACUGAUGUUUGAAACCCUCUGAGUCGUGUCUUGCAUUUGUAUUCACAUUAUUAUAAAGAAUGAAAUAUAAGCCCUACACAUGUAAGUUAAUCAAACCUAUGUAAUAAUGUUUAUUUUCAGAUUUUAGAAAAAAAGAACCCGACCUGAAUCAGGGGUCUCAAACUCAAAUUGCCCCUGCCAUUUCAUUGUAGGGCCAAAAACGAACAGCUUGUGGCAGAUUACUGGCUGAAAGUGGGCCGUGAGCCAGGGGUUUGAGACCCCUGUUUAAUCAGUCUGGUUUGUUUGUUUUAUAAACUUUGACGUUUGUCUCUGUCUGUUGUUUUAGUCCGUUUAGGUUCGGAACAAAAUCACUUUGAUCUAUAGUUACGUUAUAGUUCACCCGGUGAAUGUACAGUGCAUAUUGCAUGCUCACGCUCUCACCAUUAAACAAGGCUUCACUCUCAUUAGCCACACUAAUGUCUAAUCUCAGGAUAAAGAAAUAACAAACGGAUGGUAACAAUCUGUCUUAACUGCCUGCUGAAGAAGUGAGAAGAACAGUGGCUCCAGGAAGAAAACUCAUUAGUGACAGUGACCGUUCGAGUACAGCAUGGUUGAGGGUUGUUUUGUUUUUUUUCAACUCUUUGUUCUCUGACAUGUUUUCUGAUGUUAACUGUACUUUGUUGUCACUGAUGUGAAAACCACCAGGGCACAAUGACCGUGAACCACCGUACGGUUAUUCUGAUGCCAGUAACUUAUUGUUUCAAUUGUUUGUUUGUUUGCUGUAAUUUGCAGGCUUUUAACUUUUAUUUUUAUUUAAUUUCAAAUUACAGUUGUCACCAUUUUAAAACAGUGAAAUGUUUAGUUUUCUUUUGCAAACUGUAAUUAGUUCAUUUAAAUUCAUAAUUUUUUUUUUGUUUUUUUUUUGUUUUCAUCAAUCUGGAUAUUGUCUUUAAAAUUGUGCCACAAUAUUAGAUCAGAAAUGUGAUUGGACAUUUAAUUUCAGGCCUCCAGAUAAAAACAGGACCUUUAAAAAAAAAAAAAGAAAAUGUGGAGACCAAAUCUGAAGCUGGACACACUGAGGACUGCAACUGUCUAUGCAAGAGGUUUCCUUAAAAACUGAAUUUUGUUUCAUUUAGCUUGAUUGAAGAAUGUUUAAAAAAAAACAUGACGAUUGUGACAUGAGUUCUGACCUCCAGUCGCUCUUAAUCUUACAUCCACGCUGUCCUUUAUCGUAGCA